GGGCACGACACCCGGGAGUGUGUUUGCUUUUGAAUUUAGUUGUAUUUAAUCGGAGAGACUUGAAUUUAUGUCUGUACUUAACUUUACUGAGAUAAGUAAGGUGCCUGAAGAAGGUGGGGCUGGAGCAGAAAGGUGAGAGAUGAGGACCCGGUGGGCCAUCCUGGGCCGGCCUCCAAACCCCUGAUCUCAGGGGACUGGCGGGGGGAGAACUCUGCUUCCUGGAGCUAGCCAUGGAGUGCUCCCUUUUGGCAGAAGCCUCAGAGGGAGACCCUCAGCUAGUGCCUGCCUGUCAAAAGCAGAUUAGGCGACGAAGAAUCAUGGUAUACAGGCCUUCCCCUGAGGAGCAAGAGUCCCCCACCGUCCGCCAGAAACCGCCUGAGCAAGGCCGAACACCUUCCUUCCAGUGUGUGGAUGCAGACAGGUCGCCCAGCAAGAGGCAACGGCUGCAGCAGGGACCUCCCCCGGUGGUGGAGAGCAAUGGGGACACUUGUGACCCAGUGGGAGAGACCCUGUGGCGCAUGGCAUCUCCUAUGGAAAAGAAACAGCGGAAAGUGCUGGCUGUGGGCCUGGAGGACUUUUCCACGAUUCAAGUGCCUGAAGCUCCAGAAGGCUGCUCACCUCUGCAGAGAUCGCCUGUGUCCCCCUGUGCAAAUCCUCUCCCAUCAACCCGCAUGAACGAAGCUGGAUCCUCCUCCUGCCAGGCUAACGGUCAAAGCAUCACUGUCUCCAGAUCAUCUCCUCCUAAGGGGCAUUCCCCUUCCCAUCAAGAGCCUCGGGAGAGGCUGGCUCAUGCUUGCCAGAAGCUGUGGCCCCAGAGGCUGCCUCCCUCUCAGGGUCACGAGUCGGAGCGCCUGCAAGCCAAAAGGCAGCGGCUGCAGAAGACGGUACUCCCGCCCAGCGGCAGUGAGGAGAUAAAAGCGUCCGCCCUGGAGAAGGCCCGGCAGCAGAUCCUGGCCAUCAGCCUUGAAGACUGCUCCUUGAGCCCAGCGAGAGAUGGCGGUGCUGGCAAGGAGCCACUGGAGACCUUACUGUCCCCCUGUAGUAGCCAUCAAGUGACUCUGCCUCACCCGACACCCGCUCUUGACGUGGAAAAGCCCACCCUUUCCGAUAAACACGAGAAGGAUCAUCAGACAGAUGCCUCUUCUGAAACAGCCGAACCUCUCUCCUCCUGGCCACCUUCAGUGUCAGCUCUCUUACGUCCGACUGUGGUCCCCCGUUUUCGGCACUGGGGCCUGGCCCCCGUCUUCCAGAGCAUGCGAUCCAAGCUGGAGGCUUUUGCCGAUAUCUUCCUUAGUCCAUCCAAGCCCUCCCUUCCGUCCACUGAGGGGACACCCUCUUUGCCACCAUGUCCCGAGGAGACAGAGGACCGGGUGGCUGCCCAACCAGAAACUCCACGCCAAAGAGUCAACAUUGAAGUCAAAAUUGCAAUUUCAGAGCCUCGUUCGCGGAAGAGGACUUGCCACCAUGAAGAAGAGGAGGAGGAGGCGGCAGGCAGCUUGGUGGUGAGCGGGCGGCCUCCGAUCCGCCAGUGGCGCUUGAACGAAGGGGAUCUGGCUCCCCAGCACCGCCUCGGACGCAGCUACUCCUGCCCUGAUUUUCCGGGGGCCCGUUCUUGGCGAGCGUCCUCGACCUCUCUUUCCCUCUCUGCGCAGCUGCGACAGCGCCGGCACACAGUCUGCAGCCUGGAGGUAGCCCGAGAGUUGGGCUGUCCCACCCUGCCCUGCCUACGCAAGGAGGUGUAUCCCUUCAGUACACCACCUGGGCGCCUCCUGAUUGGUCCCUCUGUGCACACUCCCCACUGUGACGGGUCCUCCUACUCCUCCCCUGUGCCUUCCUGCUGCCUUGAAUCCAACCCAGGUCGCUCCAGGGACCUCUCCCCUUCUCCUGAGGGUGGACAGAGAGUACCCAGCAUUGGCCUGAAUGCAGCUGACUCGGAGAUGCUCACGUCAGACCAGAUGAUGCUUUCAGAGUCUGAGAUGAAGGGUUCCCAAGAGAACACCGUAGGGAAAGUUUCCUGCAUAAGGAUCCGCAGGACGCCUGCCAGGCAGCAAGCAAACCUCACCCCCAUGGGGCUUCCCCGGCCAAUCCGGCUGAACAAGAAGGAAUUCAGCUUAGAGGAGAUCUACACAAACAAGAACUAUCGCACACCCACGGAGAAGAGGUCAUUUGAGACCAUCUUUGAGGUACCACUGGAACGCAAUGGGGCGCUCAUCUUCACCAGCCAACGCAAGCUGAAAAGAGCCAUGGAGUUCCGGGAGGGAGGCCUUCCCCGUAAACCACGCAAAGCCCGUUCCCGAGGAGGACGCAGAACAGGGGGACGGAGAGCUCAGCCGCAGCCACCUGAGUUGGAGGAGAUGUUGCAGCAGAGGCUGGCGGAGUUGGAUGCCUUAUUUAAGGAAGAAGACUGCUGAGCUGAACAGAGCUUGCAUCUGUAACAAGAAAGGGUAGCCGCCUUAGGAUCCUUUGCACUCCUGUUUUUCCCCAGAAGUACUUGCUUCUCCAAACUAAUGAGUUUCUUUCAAAUGGCCAUCACCACUCCAGACUUCAUCUGUGGUUAUUGUCGUUCCCAAAGCCCAGCUCUACCCUCAAAACUGGUAUUCUGUUACUGCUGUCUCAUCCUCUAUGGAUCCUAGAUCAGACUCAAAACAUGGAUCAUGUCUCUAUGAAAACUGAGUUUUGGCAUCAUUCAGUGCCACUUAGCCAAUCACCAAGCUGCCUAAAUUGGCACCAUGUCACACCCCUCCCACUCAGCUCUUUGUUUCACAAGUGCAAGAGGAAGAACGUUUGUGGUGUCAUGAAGCCGUCCCAUCUCUUAGCUCUUCCUACGCACAAUUAGGCUGUCAGUGCCUCUCAUUGCUGGGCAGGGUGGUGGAGAGAUAUAUUCCAUCCAGUGCCCUAUAAUAUUGUGUCAUAUGUCAGAAAGUGAUGUGGGGAACAAAUACACAUUCUGGGGUUCAUCUCCCCCACAAACAAAAUAUGAAUGUAAAGCAAUUUCCAGGCCUAUUGGUUAGAAAGGACAAAGAAAGAUUAAAAGAGAAAGCAGCGGGGUCGUUAUGGGACAUGAAAUUAAAUGGACAAAGUGAAGAGGUGCCAAAAGCCUGGAAAAAGAGCAUCCAUCCAUCCUGGGGGGCAAAGCUACAAACAGCUGAGAAUUUUGCAGGUUUUUAUUUGGCUCUUCUUUUAGGAUCAGGGCCUCGCUAUUCCCACUUCAUGUUGACUUUCUGGGAAGGUGUGCAACUAGGCAGUUGUUUUUGGUUUGCAUUUUUGUAUUAAUCUAUAUUUCUAAUAAACAUUUUGGCUUUAAAAA